AUGGACGUUCUGGUAGCGAUUUUUCCAUGCGAGGAAAUCGUAAAUCUGAGUCACUACUAUCAGAUGUUGGGUCUGGAAGAAUGCGUGAAACUGUUCGUGGAAUUAGGAGCUUACAUAGAUUGGUCUGCUUCCGUGAUUGAGGGUGCAUUUGUUGAAGAGUUCACAGCAGCUGAAUUAAGUGCGACUCGUUCCCAUGCACCGCCACCUAUAACCAACUGGCAGAGGCUCGCUGAUCAAGAGGAUAUGAAAGGUACUGGAAUAUUUCUGGGAUUUUAA